CGUGCAUUUUUAAAAAAAUUUGUUUGCUUCUUUAAUUGGGGGGCAAUUUGCUCCCAGUCGGGAGGUGCGGCCCGGGGAGGGGCCAGGAGCGGGAACGUGCCCGGUGCUGCCCAGUCUUUGUCUGCUGCCUCCGAAUGCACAGCGAUGGGGGAAUGGACCAUCUUGGAGAGGCUGCUGGAAGCCGCGGUGCAGCAGCACUCCACUAUGAUCGGGAGGAUCCUGUUGACUGUGGUGGUGAUCUUCCGGAUCCUCAUUGUGGCCAUUGUGGGGGAGACGGUGUACGAUGAUGAGCAGACCAUGUUUGUGUGCAACACCCUGCAGCCCGGCUGUAACCAGGCCUGCUAUGACCGCGCCUUCCCCAUCUCCCACAUACGUUAUUGGGUCUUCCAGAUCAUAAUGGUGUGUACCCCCAGCCUCUGCUUCAUCACCUACUCCGUGCACCAGUCUGCCAAGCAGCGAGAACGCCGUUACUCUACUGUCUUCUUAGCCCUGGAUAGAGAUCCCCCUGAAUCCAUUGGGGUUCCUGGAGGAACUGGGGGUGGGGGCAGUGGCGGGGGCAAACGGGAAGAUAAGAAGUUGCAAAAUGCCAUUGUCAAUGGGGUGCUGCAGAACACAGAGAACACCAGCAAGGAGACAGAGCCAGACUGUUUAGAGGUUAAGGAGCUGACCCCACACUCCUCAGGGCUGCGCACUGCAGCGAGAUCCAAGCUCCGAAGGCAGGAAGGCAUUUCCCGCUUCUACAUUAUCCAAGUGGUGUUCCGAAACGCCCUGGAGAUUGGGUUUCUGGUGGGCCAAUACUUUCUGUAUGGCUUCAGCGUCCCAGGGUUGUACGAGUGUAACCGCUACCCCUGCAUCAAGGAGGUGGAAUGUUAUGUGUCUCGGCCCACUGAGAAGACUGUCUUUCUAGUGUUCAUGUUUGCUGUGAGCGGCAUCUGUGUUGUGCUCAACUUGGCUGAACUCAACCACUUGGGAUGGCGCAAGAUCAAGCUGGCCGUGCGAGGGGCCCAGGCCAAGAGGAAGUCGGUCUAUGAGAUUCGUAACAAGGAUCUGCCCCGGGUCAGUGUCCCCAAUUUUGGCAGGACUCAGUCCAGUGACUCUGCCUAUGUGUGAAAAGGCAGGUUUGAGGAAGGCCUGGGGAAAUCACACGUAGCCCCAAGGCAGAUGACUGCCCGAGGGUAGCAGUGUCUGCCCUCAUUUAUGUGACACUCACCAUUAAGAUGUAGGAUAAAGCUGGCAAAGAGAUCUUGCAUCAAGAAGAGAGAAGAAGUAGAACUGUUGUCAGAUGUCACACCCUUGCUUCCACAGAGACAAUUGGGUAGAGUGAUGAGAUGGAUACACUGGACUUCUUUGGGCCUUUUCCAUUUAUGGCCCAGCCUGACCUUAAUGACAGUGGACUUGCAUGGCUACUGAGUAGGACUUAGCUCUCUGAGCUCUGUAUUUUGGUGAAUGGUGUGAGUCGAAUACUUCAUUGAUACAAAUGUUGUGACCUAUCUCAGCACACUCCUUCAUCCUGGGCUGCAGGACAAACAUCCUUGAGGCAUCCUUCAUGUAUCAUUCCUCUCAGCAUGCCCCUUUUCCUCAAUCCAGGAUAGCAUGCCAGCUUUUUUUCUGAAUCUGGCCUUACAUUAGACCUAACAUGGUUAAUCUGCAAACUGUAGGGAAUUACAUGGGGUGCUUUUUGGAGAAUGGCCAUGACAGAGGUUUGCAUUAGAGCCCCAUC